UGUUUUAUCCUCCUUCCAUGCAUAACAAUCGAACUUAAAAUUUGUUUCGUUUUGUUAUUUUUUCCCCCGCAAGUCUCAACUGCAUCGGUUGUUUUCCGACUGUUCUUCUCCAUGUCCUAUUUUUUUUAUAUAACAAACUCUUGGUAGGAUUCCAAAAGCCUCAUUCCAUCAUCCGAAGGGGGUGAAGAGAAGAAGAAGUAUUGAUUUCUCAUACAUGAUGAAUUCAGCCAAUGCUAAUAGCUUCCGGCGACGGCAUGAGGCCGGCAACGAGUUCGUGCCGCCGGCCGACGUCCAAAUUGUCACCUCCGGCGGCCGGAGCAUCCCGGCCCAUUCCGCCAUUCUGGCUUCGGCUUCGCCGGUGCUGGAAAAGAUGCUGUACCGAUGCCGGAUAAGCUGGAAUUCGCAAAGAAUAAUCCGCAUCUUGGGUGUCCCCUGCGAUGCGGUGCUCGCCUUGGUCCAGUUCUUCUACUCCUCCAGGGAGGGGGAGGAGGCGAUGGAGAAAUAUGGCAUGCAUCUGCUGGUGCUGUCUCAUGCGUACCAGGUGAAACGGCUGAAGAGAUGGUGCGAGGAGGGGGUGGCGGCGAGGCUGCGAGCGGAGGUGGUGGUGGAUGUGCUGAAACUGGCCAAGCUUUGCGACGCGCCGUGGUUGUACCAGCGGUGCAUGAGGCUGGUGGCCAAGGAUUUUGCCGCGGUGACGCAGUCGGAGGGAUGGCGCUUCAUCCAGAAGCAUGAUCCAUUGCUCGAGCUGGAGAUCCUGCAGUUCCUCCAAGAUGCAGACCAGAGGAAGAAGAGAUGGAUGAGAGAAAAGAGAGAUCAAGAAAUGUACCAACUACUGAGUGAGGCAGUGGAGUGCCUCCAACACAUCUGCAGUGAUGGUUGCACAGUUGUGGGGCCCCAUGAUGGCAAGCCUCCAAGUAGGAGCAAGGGCCCUUGCAAAUUUCACACGUGUGGAGGGCUACAGUUCCUCAUUUGCCACUUUGCCACGUGCAGCAGGAAACUGUCCCCUGGAGGUUGCACCCACUGUAAGCGCAUGUGGCAGCUCCUUCAGCUCCACUCCUCCAUCUGUGACCAAUCCAACUCUUGCAAGGUUCCCCUAUGCAAGUGAGUGGAACUCCAUAUGCCAUCUUUUACCCCUCUUUUAUGUUGGUAGUGUUUCACUCAAAGUUUAUUAGCUGAUAUUUCUAUUAAUUUAAUGCAGGCAAUUUAGAUUAAAGAUGCAAAUGGAUGGCAAAGUAGAUGUGGCAUGGAGGCUUCUGGAGAAGAAGGUGAUUACUGCUAGAGUGAUGUCUACUUUGGCCAGCAGAAGGAGACCAGAAGAAGUCCAAAAGACAUGGUUAAGAUACAGAGGCACAAAGUGACUUCCCAUCAUUCAGAUUUUUGUUUAUUUUCCUUUUUUUUUCAUUCUUUAGAACAAAACAAUGUUUGUUCUAUACUGAAUCUUGGUUCUUUUGUACUCUCAUUGCAUUUAUUUUUUCUAUAUUCUCUGUUGUGGGAUUUUGGCUCAUACUUUAUGAAACUUAUUGAAGUCUGAUGCAGAUGACUUGAUUAAUUAAGCUCAACUUGCUGACAGAUGUGUUGUAUAUUUUUUAGUGGG